GACUUUGCGACAGCUAAGCAGAAGAAGGAUGACCUGCAGAAUCAGUUCGAGGUUUGCUCCAAGCGCCUCGUCACCGCAGAGAAGCUAAUCAACGGCCUUGGUGGUGAAAAGUCACGCUGGGAAGCGUCAUCCGCCAAGUUGGGUGAGCAGUAUGACAACCUGACAGGGGAUGUCUUGAUCUCCUCGGGAAUUAUUGCUUACCUCGGCUGCUUUCUGGCCAAGUACCGAAACGAAUCGGUGGACUCCUGGAUCUCUCUCAUGCGCGAGAACAAAGUGCCCUCUUCUUCGUCCUUCUUGCUGCGAUCUGUCAUCGGCGAGGAUGUGGUGAUUCGCCAGUGGGUCAUUGACAAGCUACCCAAUGACCAGGUGUCUAUCGACAACGCCUUGAUCUUGUCAAACUCCAGGCGUUGGCCUUUGAUGAUCGACCCGCAAAUCCAGGCCAACAAGUGGAUCCGUAACUCAAAGGGUGACAAGCUCCUGGUCUUGCGUCUCUCGCAGAACAACUAUGCGCGGAAGCUGGAGGUUGGCAUCUCCCAGGGCCUUCCGGUGCUCAUCGAGAACGUGCCUGAGGUGUUGGAUCCCUUGCUGGAGCCGCUCCUGCAGAAAGCCAAGUUCAAAGCCGGCAACAUGAUCAUGAUUCGGCUCGGUGACUCCACGGUCGAAUACAACGAGGAAUUCCGCCUCUACAUCACGACGAAGCUCCCCAACCCGCACUACUCACCGGAAAUCUGCGUGCAGGUCACAUUGCUGAACUUCAUGGUGACGCCGGAUGGGUUGCAGGAUCAGAUGCUUGGCAUCCUCGUCGCCAAGGAAGAGCCAGAAGUGGAGAAGAAGCGACAGAAUCUGAUCAUCGAGAGUGCGCAGAGCAAGGCACAGCUCAAAGAAAUCGAGGACAAAAUCCUCGAGCUGCUCUCAAACUCCAAAGGCAACAUUUUGGAUGACGAGGAACUCAUCACGACAUUGGCCAAUUCGAAGGUAACGUCCACACGCAUCGAGGAGCGCGUGAAGGAGCAGGAGAAGACGCAGGCGCUUGUGCAGGAGACUCGUGAGACUUACGUGCCGGUCUCCAUUCGCAGCUCUGCGAUGUUCUUUGUCGUCGCGGACUUGUGCAAGGUUGAGCCCAUGUAUCAGUACAGUCUGGAGUGGUUCAUCGACAUUUUCCUCCUUGCAAUCAAGACCGCGGAGAAGCCUGAGCGAAAUCUUCAGCGGCGUCUGACCGCUCUGCAGAACCAGUUCAUCAAGCUACUCUACGAGAAGGUCUGCGACUCCCUCUUCGCGAAGGACAAGCUCAUGCUGUCCCUGCUGCUCACAUUCAAGUCCAUGGAGGUGGACCACGAUCUGGACCAGGCAGAAAAGAGCUUACUCCUCGUGGGCGGUACCACCGGAGCAGAGGUUCGUCCGCGGCCACAGGCUGAAUGGCUCAGUGAUGUCUCGUGGGCACGCAUCUCUGAGCUGGAGGAUCUUGGCAAAGGACCAUGGCCGGGCUUCUGCGACAUGUUCGCGUCACACCUCGAUGCCUGGAAGGAGGUUUUCGAUUCCGACGAUCCAGUCCAGGCACCUUGGCCUGGCGGCUUCAAGGACCAGAUGACACCCAUGCAGCAGGCACUGGUCCUGUUGGCAGUCCGAGCCGAUGCAACGGUUCAAGGGCUUCAAAACAUCAUCAUGGCCAAGCUCGGAGCAGAUUUCCUGGAACCGCCACCCUUCAACCUUGAGAAGGUCUACAGUGACAGCAACAAUGUCACGCCGCUUAUCUUCGUGCUCUCUUCAGGGGCCGACCCAAUGGCCGAGCUCAACCGCCUGGCCAUCAAGAACAACAUGUUCGAGACCAAGGCGGCCGUGUCCUUGGGCCAGGGCCAGGGGCCGAAGGCCGAAUUCGCCAUCAGCGAGGGCAAGACAGCUGGCAACUGGGUCAUCCUCCAGAAUUGCCAUCUCGCAGUUUCAUGGAUGCCAAUGCUGGAGAAGCUCGUGGAGGAGUUGGACCCUGACGCUGUCGCCCACACCUUCCGCCUCUGGCUGAGUGCCAUGCCGUCGCCCCAUUUCCCUGUGAGCGUGCUGCAAAACGGCAUGAAGAUGACCGUCGAGCCACCGAAAGGCUUGAAGUCGAAUUUACUUCGUGCCUACCUCUCCUUCGAGGAAGAAUGGUUCGAGUCGGCAGGCAACACUGAUGCUUCACGCAAGGCAUUCCGGAAGAUGCUCUUCGGCCUUUGCUUCUUCCACGCGCUCAUCCAGGAGCGAUGCAACUACGGACCACUGGGAUGGAACAUCCCCUACCAGUUCUCGGAGCCCGAUCGCCAGAUCUGCGUGUCGCAACUCAAGAUGUUCUUGGAAGAGAACGCAGCGAUCCCCUACGCAGCUCUGAGCUACACGGCUUCGGAAGCCAACUACGGCGGGCGUGUGACGGAUGCACACGACCGGAUCACCAUUGCCAACCUCAUUACAGACUAUUACUGCGACGACAUCCUGAAGGAUGGCUACAAGUUCUCCGAGUCCGGGAUCUACUAUGCGCCCAAGCACCAAGCCCUCUCGGGCUAUCUGGACUACAUCCGAUCGCUACCCAUCAACCAGAUGCCAGAGGCCUUCGGCUUGCAUGCCAACGCCAAUCUCUCGGCUGCCAUUAAGGAGGGCCUGGGCAUCUUGGCGACGGCCAACUCGAUGUUGCCCAAGGGCGGGGGAGGAGACGGGGGCGCCAAGACUCCCGACCAGAUCCUGACAGAGCUCUCGACCAAGUUCCUAACAGAAGUCCGUCCUCCCUUCGACACAGAAUGGCUGGUGGCAAAGUACCCCACCGACUACAAUGAGUCCAUGAAUACCGUGGUGAAUCAGGAAGCUCUCCGAUUUAACAAGCUGCUCCUCCGCGUGCGGGCGAGUUUGGUCGAUAUCGGCAAAGCGGUGAAGGGCUUGGUCAUCAUGGGCCCAGAUCUGGACGACGUCGCUAAUGGCAUCCUGCUGAACAAGCAGCCUGAGUUCUGGAAGAAGGUGUCCUAUCCAUCUUUGAAGCCUAUGUCCUCCUAUGUGGCGGACCUCGUUGCAAGGAUGAACUUCUUCACCGACUGGAUGGACAACGGCCAUCCCGCCAACUACUGGCUGUCGGGCUUCUUCUUCACGCAGUCCUUCCUCACCGGACAGCUGCAGAAUUUCGUGACGCGGCCCUGA